AGUUAGUGGUGGCGGCGGAGGGGGUAGGAGAGGCAGUACAUGCUAUAGUACAGGUGAUGGUGGCAGACGUGAACGACAACCCACCAUACUUCCUACGACCUGAUCCUUACUUCACCGUCAUAGAGGAGGACGACCAGACCUACCCUCCACGAUAACUACGGUGGCGGCGAGAGACAGAGACAAGCAGGACCAGGGAGCGCUUCUCUACACGCUGAGCGGCGACGGUGUGGACGGCAUCACCCCAGCCGACGCCUUCUUCACCAUCAACCCCCGCACAGGAGAGCUCAUCCAACUGAGGGCGCUGGACCGUGACCCACCCCGGGGGAGGGAGGUGUGGAAGGUGCGGGUACAGGUGAGGGACGCCCAGGCUCAGCGGGUGCCUCAGGAGGAUGACAUUCUCCUCUACCCUGGACUCUCUGACCUACAUAACCCUCUCCCACACGCCAGAGUCCUGAGGGAUGCUGAAGGACCCAGUAUUAACGACAGAGGUGCAAGCAGAAGACAGCGUGAUGGUGUUCAAGAAAGGAGACCCAACAGAGGUGCCACUGAUGGGAAGAAGGGGAGAUGGGAAGGUGCAGCCAGAGAUAACACCGCGGGUAAACACAAUGAACAACACAACAUUACCAAACAUGGACGAGUAAGAAGUCCUGAGGAAAAGGAGAGAAGGAAAAACACAGCCACACAAAAGACAAGACAAUAUAAAAGGAAAAACAAUAUAUUGGAUAACAGUCGGACACAGUCUCAGAGCCAAGAGCAUGAAACUCUCAGUAGCUACUCCAGGUUGUCUGAAGAAGGAGGAGGAGGAGGAGGAGGAUCGGUGUCCGGGAGCCUCACCCCGCAGGGACACCAACUGAAGGAGUCUCGUGUUAUAAUUCAGUCAGGACACUCGGCGGGUGUUGCUGGGUGUCAAAACAUUUGUCCUCAAAUACACAAAACACCUACAGCUUAUCUAAACAAGGGAGUGAAGAGCGACGAGCGAGUGAUGGAGAGAGAAGUGGGUGAGGUCGGGGGUCGUCACUAUCCGAAGGUGGCAGCAACGAAUCUGGACGGAACUUUAGUUAACAGGAUACAACCGUCAGACGAAGAGGAACACGAGGUAACUACUUAUCAUAACAUUAAUACCGAACUUAGGAUAACCGAAGUGAGAGACAGACUGAGUGAAGACUAUCCUGAUGACCCGGGAGAGAGGACCGACAAACAGCUGACGCGGGAACACCUGAGUGAGAGAGCAGAUAAGGACGCAAGGUCCACAUCAACAAGAGUGCAGGAGAGAGGUCUUCUAGUUAUAGGCAGAGAUAAACGGAACUUGUUGAACAAAAGACAAGAACACCACAGUAGAUCAAGAGGUAUGUUCCUCUCUGUGGUGAACAAAACUAACCCCAGCACACCUCCACCUGACCUCACCUCUACCACACCUACAUCUAACCACAACUUCUCCAACACUUCUAUAAGUUUUUCCUCACAAUUCAACGAAAUCAGAGGAAGGAAACUCAGCGCCACAGAUAAAAGACUUAAGAGAAUACCAACGAAAUCCUCAAAUGUAAAAUCAACACCAGGAGAAGAUGCAGUUGAUUAUGCGGGAAGAACUAUGGAGUCAUUCCCAACUUCCGCCAUUAAUAACCUCAAACUUGGAACCAAAAUGGAGCCAGAAUAUUCUUGGCUUUCAUAUCAGGGAGAAAAAUACUCUACUUCAUUCCAGAGUUUGACUGAUGUAACAGGCUGGGAGACGGACCUGUCUUCAUCUGCAUUAGAAAAGUUUGAACACAGGAAUCAAAUGAAAGUCAAACAGAAGGAAAACGAUCAUAAAACACCUCAGAGGAGAUAUCAGGGACUUAUCCUCACCUCCUCACCAACGAUGAAUAAACCACUGGCUCUCAAGGUACACAACCAAGCGGGACUCACAACACAGACAAACGGACACAUUCCUAAGAUGACAAAUAAUAUGCUGAGAUUAAAAACUGACCCGAGCAACGAAAACUCACAGAUAAAUCACAAGAUGGAUGAUGAAGACUCUAGCAACAGGUCAGGGAAGGUCAUCACCAGAGGGGUAAUUAAUGCUUUCUCUAAGUCUCCCACCGGGGGUCAAAUGUUAACUCAUAACUACCCAUACACGUCGUCCCGGGGCACUAGAGCCGUCGCCUCGCCUCUCCACGACUAUUUCGAGAUGACGGAUAACUUAGGGGAAGGUGGAGGCGGUGGUGGAGGGUGUGAUGACGUGAGCGUGUUUGGUGGUGAACUACAGAACAGAAACAUGACAGAAGUGGGCGGCGACGGUGAUGUAACGUUACGAGGACGUGGGCGUUCUGGUGGGCGUGUAGGGCGUGUACAUGUGGUGGAGACGGUGGUGACGGUGUUCGUGAAGGACAUCAACGACAACCCUCCCGUCUUCCCCAACACCACCAUGUUCGGCGAGGUACAGGAGAACGGCCCCAUUGACCUCUCAGUGGGUGUGAUCUCCGCCUGGGACGCUGACGACACUACGGAAGGGACCAACGCCAGACUCACUUAUUCCAUCGAGAAGAACGUCAUCCAUGAACGUACGGGUGAAGCCAUCUUUAGGACCUCAGUCAGGCCUCAUCAGCACCGCCCUCUGUUGCCUUGACCGUGAAACUACACCUGAGUAUCACAUCCAGGUGGUUGCCUCUGAUGGUGGUGGACUGAAAGGGACGGGGACGGUGGUGGUGCGGCUGGCAGAUGUGAACGACAACUCACCGACUGGCACGACAGCUAUGGGACCUGGAGGUGGACGGACGUG